GCUCUGCUGCCGAUCCACUGUAGUUACAGCUGACAUUUCUGCCGCCGCUUCCCUGUUCCUCUGCAGCUGCAUCGCGCUUUUCGCUCUGAUUUUUUUAAUGUACAUUAUUUCUCGCUAGCGCGUUUUAUUUCAGCCAUCCUUCCUACGCUUCAGUGCAGCGCUGUUACAGUCUCAUACAGAUAAAUAAGGAAGUCUUUGCGGGAAAUACCGAACCGAGAAGCUCAUUUCAGUCGACGUUGAUGUGAAAGAAGACAUUUGAUCUGUUUGGACUGAUAACAGUGAGACAGCGAGCAAAGACAUGCAGCGGAGAGGUCAGUGAGGAUGACAACAGAGGCAACGGAGACGGAGGGAUGAGAAGCAGACUCAAGUAAGAGGAGGAAGCAGGAUUCCAAAGUGCCUACAGUACGGUUUUGUCCUACAGCAGGGGAGAGGGCUCGGUGUUCGUUUGGCCUUGAAUGGAGGCUAUAUUUUGUCCUGACAGCCACAAAGUCAUCCAUCCCACGUUGCUGAGCUGCAGUCCCCACAUUCCCAGAGCUGAGCUGAAGCUUUGUCUCAUCAUUACAAGGACAUUACGGGUGUAAGGUUCUGCUUUUUCCCCUCUGUCUGUCAGAGAAUAACAACUACAACAGAGCUGCGGCGACUUCCUCUGCUCUGACCAUGUUGACAUGAAUGUAAAAGAGACGCAUCUGAGCGGACUAUGGUGAUGUUUUCUGAACGUUUUUCUUUCUUUCUCAUGAGACAGAGCUGGUCUCUGCUCCCAGUUAACCCCUGCUAUCUCACCCAGUAAAACUUCAGCUGACAGUUUUCCCAGGAACAGCUAAUAAACAUCCCCCAAAAUACUGCAGUCUAAAGGGACUUGCUACCUAUUUGCUCUGAAGGAAAAAUAUUUUUGCUUUUUUUUUCCCCAAAGGGAUUUUUUUGUCUCUCUCUCUUGAAUCACUAUUAGUCAGCCCUGCUUGCAUUAGACCAUUUUUUUCCAUCCACUCGCUCCCACCCCUUGCUCAGUGUCUGUGAGCAUCUCAGAUGGCUGUCAGCAUGACCAUGGGACGAGACACCAAAUGGCUGACCUUGGAAGUGUGUCGCGAGUACCAGAGAGGCACCUGCUCGCGGUCUGACACCGAUUGUAAGUUUGCACAUCCCUCCCGGAGCUGCCAUGUGGAGAACGGCCGAGUCAUCGCCUGCUUUGAUUCGCUCAAGGCCCGAUGCACACGAGAAAAUUGUAAAUACCUGCACCCACCUCCGCACCUGAAAACCCAGCUGGAGAUUAAUGGAAGAAACAACCUGAUCCAGCAGAAGGCCGCGGCGGCCAUGUUGGCUCAACAGAUGCAGUUCAUGCUGCCCGGAGCACAGCUGCAGCCGAUUACAACCUUUCCAGUGACUCCAUCCCUGGCAACGAGUCCCAGCAUGGCGUUCAGUCCAUAUCUGGGCCAUAUGGGCCCAGCCGUGGGCCUGAUGCCGGACCUGCUGCCCAGCACGCCCCUCCUCGUCCCCGGCAGUCCCACCAGCCUCACAGCGAUGGGCAACGGCACCUCGGCGCAGAAGCACACUCGCACAGACAAGCUGGAGGUUUGCAGAGAGUUCCAGCGCGGCAACUGCACACGGGGUGAGAGCGACUGCCGCUACGCUCACCCCCUGGAGGCCGGCAUGGUGGACUGCAGCGAGAACUCCGUCAUUGUGUGCAUGGACUACAUAAAGGGCCGCUGCAGCAGGGACAAGUGCAAGUACUUCCACCCGCCGGCUCACCUGCAGGCCAGGAUCAAGGCUUCGCAGCACCAAGCCAGUCAAAACACAGCGCCUGCUCCCUUGGCUUUAGCUCCAGGCGGCAUGCAAACGCUGCCAAAGAGGCCGAUUUUAGAGAAGAGCAACGGCGCUGCAGCUGCAGUCUUCAACCCUAGCAUGUUCCACUACCAGCAAGCCCUGGCUAACAUGCAGCUCCAGCAACCAGCCUUCAUCCCCACUGUAGACUCCUCCGAGCUUCUGACCCCUGACCCGGUGGAGCUGCAGUGCGUUCCCAUGGAAAACCAUUUCUGCCCCGUCCCCAAACUGCUGGUGGCGGCUCCAGUGGGAAUAAACUCAGUAAGCCUUUCACGAAACCCCAGUUAGAGUCCCUGAAAACCUGCAGCUCUGCAGCAAACAUGUGCCUCGCCCACAGUGCGCACCGACCGAGUGUCAGUGUGAAACUUCUUAUACAAUGUUUAUAAAAUAAAAUUUAAAAAAAGCUGCAAUGGUUCACGCAAUACGAGCCUGAACUUAAAGCUGCUUCACUGCAGCUGUAACGAUGCAUCCUGACGUGAUGAGCAAUAGAGCUCCCUCGUUCUGACAGCCAUACACACACCACACCUUAAACGUGCGCACACACACACGCACACACACAUUCAAGACUAAAAGCCCUUUAUGGGUUGCAGCCAUUACCUGAGGCAGCCCAACACACCUGACCGAUCCAAAGUAAGAAAAGUUCAUUCUGGAUACUCAGAACAUUGGAGCUGCAAACGGACCUGCUGCUGGUCUUCAACCAUGACUUGUUUUAAAAAUGAAAGAAUGUUUCAUAACAUGUGAACAUUUAUGUUUCAAGACGGCUACAAAUCUAGUAUGUGUUGUACCAUGUGUUGUGUAUCAUUCAGUUUAUUCUCAUCCGAUGCCUGAUGAAACGUCAGAAAGAAGCUGUUAAUUUGUUUGUGCCUUUGAGUUUUUCCUGCUGAGCUGCAGAGAAGACCUGGUUUCUAAAAAGGAUUUAAAAAAAAACUAAACAGCAACAAUUAAAGAGAUGUCCACAUGUGAAAUUAAAGGCAAUACCAAUUUCAAGUUUGCUGCAUAUCAGCGAGUGGCUGCUAACAAGGGACGAUUGUAUUAAACAAUGAAGGUGUUAACAGUUGGGUUUCAGGAAUUUGCGGGAUUCAAAGGUUUUUGCCUGAUUUUAAAUAUUGUUAUCUGGAUUAAAGCACCAACUGAGGCAUCAUUAAACAUGUGAAAUUAGGUUGCAUUCAGUAUAACUUUUAAGAGGCAGAUAGGAGGUUUUUAGACCCCCUUCACACCAGAUUAAGACCAGCCUACAAUAAAACAUUUGGGACAAAAUUCAAUCCAGGGCCAGUCCUAGGUUUUUUGGAGGGGGCCUAAAGCAAAAUGUGAUUUGGGGGCCCCUUAAUAUUACAGGCAUUUCAAUACAGAUUUGGUGUAAUCUGGGAGAGAAGACAGAGUUUAAUUCUCUGACCUUUAAUUCAAUCUAGGAUAAUUAUAUCAUUACUAUUUACGGACAAACAGAGCUCUAACAGAAAGCAAAAAUUUGAGGAAAAGGUGCUUACUAUGAAAUUAAAAAACAAUUAUUACUUGCGAUAUACCUAACAUUUACUAUUUCAUAAAAGUUAGAGUUUGUUAGCAAAAAAUCUCAUCCAAAAUGCUAACAUGUGUUCAUCGAUAUCGACAGUGUGAACUUUGAGGCCAAAUUUGUACCAAUGUUUAGUUUAAAUUGGAGCCAGCAACAAGCACAAAUGAGGAUAGACACAAUUUGGAGGUGGUGCGCCCCUUGUCACAACUGGCUGCAGUAGUUUAGUGAAGAAGCCUAUUUGCUAGCAGGAAUUGGUUGUAGCUAGUGAUACACUUUUCUGCCAAUAGUGUCACAAUAACGCUGAUGAUUUUAACCAUCAUGUUCUUAAUUAUAUCCUCCUUAUCAAUCCCACAAUACUGAACGUUGAUGUCCGAUCUUAGUCCAGCGUGAAGGGGGGAUUCGGACUUUGGUCUUGAAAAACAAACUGCCUUAAAUAAUUAUUGCCGGAUCUAUUCUGUUUGUGGGGUUUUAUAGUGCAACAACUAAAAAGAAAGGGUUUGUUUGUUUUCAUUCUUUCAGUAUUUGAUUUAACGAACUCAUAAUUGUUUCUGUCUUCUACAUAAAUCUUAUAAUAAAUUGAUUAUAAUCCUGAGUCAGCUCAAAUAUUGCAAACUGUUAACACUGACACCUUUUCUUCCCAUCUGAUGUCAGCCAUUGCACAAGGCGGAAGCUGGAUCUGUUUCCUAAUGUUGUGCCUAAAGUCUGUAUAUGCAAGAAGUUGCCCAUUUAUCGCAAUACCCAAGUUAAUUCAUACAAAUAAUGUGCAAAUGUUGAACGCAGAGAUCCAUCUUAAAAAAGAAAUUUCUUUGUGGUACUAUUAGUUUCAAGCUGCUUUUUAAGUAAAUAAGUGGCACAAGAUUUAUUGUUUAAAGGCACUUCAGGGAGAAAUCUUAGAACUUGAAAAUGUCGUGUCCGACUUUAUAUCAUCACCUUUUCUACUGCUGUGUUCUUUCUGUCAGAAGUCAUCAGAGUUGAAUGAUAAGAAGAGGUAGAAAAUGGAAGAAAUAAAUCAGACUUUAGGGGUAAAAAAAUACAAACACACCUGUUAUUUUCACUGAAAUGAACUGCUUUCUUUGUUGUGAGACUGAACUUGGAAAAGUGGGCAGUAAGCAUUUUCAUUCAAGUUCAAAUGUGCCUCUUUCAAGUCUCCUUAAACCAUCACUGUCGAAACACUGUAAGAACUACGAGUGCUCAAAGAUGCAUCGCUCAUUUAGUACAUUGUUAAUGUUGUACGAAACCACGUCUAGUUUCUUCUCAGAGACAGCUGUGCUGUCUUAUUGUCAGUGUAAUAAAUACAUAAACCAGUGAGGUGAGUGGUGGGGGUCAAAUGUGAGAAUAUUAAUUUCACACAAAUUUAGUUGGUUUUAAGUGCUGCAGAUGUUCCAGCAUUUCCAUUUUAGAAUAAUGUUGAUGUGUUGUGAAUGUACCUAAUGCAAAAAAACUAUACAUGUGCCCCCCUGAACAACAGGCAUGCUGAAAUGUUACUAUCACCAUAUAUAAACUAUUUCAGAGGUACCAUGAUGAUACUGUGUUACGAUGUAUAGAAAUGUAUGUAUUGUUAUAUAGAUUUAUAUUUAAUGUCAUUACGUGGUGUGGCUACAAACAGAAAUAUUUUUCACCUUUAGAAAAUUUAGAUCAGAGUUGUGCUGUUUGAGGUGCAAAUGCAGCAGAAAAUAAUUUCUUUAGAGAACACUAAUUAUAAAGACGUAAACAGGUUAUGUAUCUGUAAGAAACUUUUUUUGGAAACGUGUCCAAAGUUUAUUUCUGUCAACUCACACGUCUCUCUUUGAACUUUGCUUUGCAGGUCAGACUUUAAUUAAAUGUUUAAUUGCCAAAACUAAGACUAAAUUUAAAUGUGAAGUUGUGGAUGCUCAAAAACUUACAUGCGUCUAUACAAAAUUAUGUAUAAGUCUAAAACUUCAUUUCAAGCAUGUUUUCUUUGGUUGGUCCCAUAUUUAAUGGAGCUUGUUUUUUCUAUCUGUUUUUAAUGUGGGAAAAGGUGCACUAAAAACAAAACUACAUAUUUGAUAGGCAAAGAGAAAGUCAAUGUGGCACACUUUUUUCUAAUAUAAAAUUCAGUUCAUGCAGCUCUGCAGCUUUCACAUUCUCCAUUCAUUAAUUUUUUCAUUUUUAUUCUUUCUUUUCUUUUCCCGUCUUAUGAGGCAGAUGACAGAGAAACUGCAGAAAAACUGCAAUUUCCUUCUGAUUUUUAGCCCAUAAACACUGAAUGAUCCUUAUUAGUUUCCCACAUUUACAUUUGACAGAGAAACACAAACUUUCAGUAAAAAUGUUCAGUAAAUGUUUCUAAUUUUUAAGUAAUAUGUUUUAAUUUACUUGGAUUAAACUGACCUUAAGCUGUCAAAUUGAACAGUGUCUUCUCAGCUCUAUAAUGAUGAUAUUUUUAUUAUUUGAGGAAUAAAACGCACUAACUAAAGUAAAUAAAAAGCACCCUCCACAAUUGUUGAGACCUGUGUUAAAAGAUGUCACAAUUUUCAACUAGAAACUUUAGAAAAAUUAUUCCUUUAAUUUAAGUGCUUUUAGUUUUUUAACAGUCACUAUUAUUAUUACCUUUAUGAUUUCCUAUGAAAUAGCUGUAAUUUGUUAUUUUAUAUAUUUUUAAGUCAAUUAAAAACAUCUUUUUUGCUGAUGUUAAAGUGACAAGUGUCACUUUUAGCCACUGUUUAACAUGGGAAAAACAAGAGAACAUGCCGCUCAAAUGAAGUUGUUGUGUAUUGGAAGAAGACAGGAAUGGCUACAAGAAAGUAGCUUUUCUCCUAAAUUAGCUCAUAUUUACUGUCAGAAAAAUGGUUAAACGUUGGAAACACUUGGAUUGAUGACAAGUCACAGGACAGUAAAGAAGAUAAGAAAAUCCCCAAAGCUCACUGUUUGAGGAAAUCAGUACAUUUUGGCCUCACAAAGUCUCCAAAACGAGGAUUUACUUCAAGGAUUUUGUGCCAAUAAUUGUGGCUGGUGCUGCAAGUCUGCACAGCGAAUCAAACUGGAUGUACUUUACAAGCCUAUUACCUCAAAAUGAGCAGUUUAAUAGUUUCAUAGAUCAUUCUGAAGUAAACAAAAACAGCUGAGAAAAACUGAUUUUCAUGCCAAGAAAGUAAAAAACUCACUCCUCUUGCUAACCUAGCUUCAGACUACCUUCACUGACUUCAGUUUCUUGGGGUCUUGCUGUAUUUCUUUCCAAUGAUUCAUCUUGAAUGACAAAACAUCAAAUGAAAUAUUAAAUAUAGACUGCUUGAAUUUACUACUUGGUGAUCUACUUUUCUGACCACAUUUGAAGCUGUGACACAUUUAAAUAAAUGUCACCCCUUAUAUUUUAAAAACUAAUUCACCCCAAACUGCAAAAUAAUAUAAAUGAAAAAUCAAUGGCAAGAAAAUGACAACAUGGCUACCUUUCUAUUAUUAUAUCAUUUUUAUUCUUAUAAACUUAAUUACCUGUUUUAUUUGAGAAAAGGAAUGUCUAAUUAGCUUGUAUUGUGCUUGAACAUUUUAUAUAGACCGCUUAAAUCCUUGUGAUUUCCAAAGUCAGGUCAGGUUUUAUUUUGUUUGCUUUUGUUGACCAUAAAUUGUUUGUCUUCUUGUACAUUAUGGUUUUUUCAGAAACAAGAAAGGACUUUUAAAGCAAACACGUUUCUGUCAGUUAGGUAAAGAGGCUUUUUGGACAAACUGUAAAGUCAAACUAAUUCACCUUCUGCAAACCAAACAGUCUGUCGCUGCAGAGCUUUUGUUGGCAAGUUGUGUUUCAGUUUGGGCCAAAAAUAGUCCAGAAGUCUCUUGAUGUUGAUGUCCAGCUGUGCUGGGUGAUGUCAGUCCUGACUAACAUGUACAAGAAUGUGUAAUGUUCACCUCGUUUGCACUUAUGUACAUAAAUACUCCAAAUUUAUUUUGAAUAAUACAGAUAAAAGAGAUGAUUAAAAAUAACCAAUCAGCGUAUUGUUAGCGGUGAGUCUAUUGUUUUAUUACAGUGUGAAAACAAUUGAGGUAUCUGUCCUUUUGUUUGUGUGUUGGUGAUGACACGUAUUAAACUGUGUCAACUGUAAACUGUUUGGUUUGCUCCGGAGAAAUAUUUCUUUCAUUAUUCUCUAACAUUGAAAAGAACAAGUGGAUAACCACAAAGUCUGCAAUAACUUUAGGAGAUCAGUGCCAUCUUUGCCCUUAAAUCCAUGUCGUUAUUUACAACAUGUAGGAAAAUCACCUCCUGAAGCUGAAAAUAGCCAGAAGGAAAGAAAAAAAUAGGAUGAGCAGAAAGAAAAUAAGAGGAGAGCGUGUGCCGGAUGUGCUUACAGGGUUUAAAUUUGAAAUUCUGACUUUACUUCUGCAGAAGCAUUCUUACACAGACAUGAUUUUAUCAGAAACUGACAUGUCAAGCGUUUGCGUUGCUAUUGGAGCAAGUGAUUUUGUUACCAUGGCUCCGGUCCAUGUUGUGGAUUGAUUGAGUCAUGCAGCUGAAUUGGUUCACAGCCCUGCGACUGCUGAGUGUUGAAAUGGAUCUCUGAUCCAAGCAAACUCCCUGAAGCUUCAAUGGUUCUUUUCAUACUCUCAGCGUCUUCACCCUGGGGCUUUUUUUUGUUAUUUUUACCACUUACAGGUGAAUAAUUUCUCAAGUUUAUGUAUUGUCUGUUUGCUGUUAUUGUGCCUUCAUAGUACAAAGUGUAUUUUUUUGUUAAAUUCACAAACAACGGUAAACUGAAUGUGUGUAUGGGUGUUUUUUUUCUAAGUCUUGUCUGUGCAUCAUCGCGUUUUGGUAUAAGUUAAGUACAAAAAUCACAGACUGAAUGUCGGCCUGUUGGAGACGAAGAAGGCCUAAAGCUGUUGAGGACUAAGCCAUAAGAAAAUCUUUCCCGGACGCUUUAGGACAGACUGACUGCUGUUUCUAACUCAUUUAUUGUUUCAUUCGGCUUUCUGCUUGUGGUGCUUGUAUGUGCUGCUGUGCUCCACGCAAAUUUACUUUGCACUGUAUAGGUAUUGAGAGUUAAUGUGCCUAUAAUCAGUUCUGCUGUUUCUGUUUGACCUUAAAUAAAACACAUCAUGGUAA